AUGUGCGCAUGUUAUAAGACGGGCCCGCCGCCGCCGCUCUGCUCCGAGAGACUGCCCUCCGCAACGCCAGCGAUGCAGACACCAGACUCGACUGAUCCAGCGCAUGCCCGGUCACUCUUGCCCAGCGCCGCGUCGACAGCGUCUCCCUUGCCUCCCGAUCCUGCCGAACCGCCCCGGCGCGCGAACAAGAGAUUGGCAUGCCGAGAAUGCCGCCAGUGUAAGAUUCGUUGUGAGGGCAGCCACCAUCGGACCUGUAGGCGAUGUCAUCGAUUGGGUCUGUCUUGCGUCUAUGAUGACAGCUUCAGGCGCGCCAACAAGCACUCGAAAUGGGAUGAGCUGUCCAGACAGGUCAAACAUCUCCAAGCGGCCCUAUCGUCCUCUGCUACACACGCGACCAAUCCGGCCCACGAGAACAGAGCAUCCUCGCAUCCUCAGAAUGACGAUGACACGACUGCUCCUGGACUGCAGGGCAUUGGCGAGAAGCCGUCUACUCUGGUCAGCUCGCAAGACACGGCGAUGGAGUGUGACCCAGUCUCGCAAGAUCAUGACUUGGUUGGUGUGCGCGACUUGGGAGAGUCGCCACCUUUAGGGACUACCAGACUGCCGAUGACGCUGGUCAACCAGGCGUUCAAAACAUUUUUCAAACGGUAUCAUUCCUACGUGCCAAUACUCGAGGACAGCAUCACGCCUGAUGAUUGCUUUACGCAGUCUCCCCUCCUCUUCUGGACCAUCUUGACCAUUGCCGCGAGAAGAUCAGAGUACGAGCCUGCUCUGCUAUCAAGCAUCACAGCUGGUUUCAAAAAUCUGUUGUGGCAGACCAUCGGGAGCCCACCACAUUCCAGACACGACAUAAAAGCGAUGAUCCUGCUUUGCUUCUGGUCCCUUCCCACUUCUUCCAUGUCGACAGAUAUAUCCUACUUCCUUGCGUCUUUGGCCAAGACUAGUGCGAUGCAUGCCGGCAUACACAAGCCUUUCGAGAUCCAAGACUUUUCCAGGGUCAAGAUAAGCUUGGAUCUGCAUGAGUUCAAAGAAGCAUUGACAACAUGGACGGCCUGCUUCGUAGCAGCAGAGAACAUCACGGCGUUUCUUGGCCACCCGCCUCUAUUUGAUGCCGAUACGACGCUGGAACUCAUCUCCAAGCCGAUCAGCCAGGGACUCGUCCCACAAGCGCUAUACGAGAGCAGCGCCGUCUUCCUGUUAUGCAACAAAUUUCAUAGAGCUAUGGCGAGUGGCGACUUACUCACUGUCACUACCCUCAUCCCGGUGUAUGCAAGUGAACUGAGGGACCUACGAACUCAGCUCGGUUCAGAUACAUCUAGACGAACACAUCUGGUCUUCCUGUUCGCUUGCCUGCAGCUUCGAACUUAUCACUUCCUUGCACACAAUGUAGAAACUAUUCCGUGUGAAGGUCUACUGGACGGUUACCACUCGGCUACAUCGAUCAUUCAGGAGCUGUCGCGCCAGGAACCCGACGACAACGUCUUGUUACGAGGACCAGUCAUCUUUCAGAAUGCCCUAAUGAUGGCCAGCGUCUUCGUCCUCAAAAUCCUCAGAACGAGACACGUCAGAUUAGUCAACCUGCAGGAAGGCCAAAGGAUGUUCAAGCUCAGCAUUGUGCUCAUCCGCAAAUGCUCCAUCGAAGACAACGAUCUACCAGGCAGGAUGUCCAAGAUCCUCCUGCAGCUGUGGAGUAGACCCACCGACCCCAACUCUUCACCACAAAAGCUGAACGUGCAGUCCCGUCUGGCCGGCAGCCUCUUACAAGACUUCCUAUGGCAGUGGAGGGAAAAUUUCGCGGACCAGGAGAAUAAACCCUCGGCGCCGGCGACCCACGACCCGAAUUUGCCUUCUCCCCGAUCAGACGCCCCGAAGACCUCCACCAUCGAUGCUUCUCCCGACCAGGCCAAAUCCCCCAGCCAUCAUCCCAGGGCUGCAGUUCUGGAACCCAUCGCAUCAUCAGCAGCAGGUCCUAGCCUCGAGGAGGGCGACCACACCGAUGAUUUUCUGUGGCACACGGGCCUCAACCAAAGCUUCAACAUACCCGAAAUUGAAUUUGCGAGCUUCAUGUCGCCGAUGGAUGUGGUAGGCUCUACGAGUAGGAUGUAA